UCCCCCCUACCUGUGUUCAUUACCUAUAUACCCCCAAACUUCACCUUAGUCUUUUACACCAACGUCAAAUCCCUCAAGCGUUUGCGCAGAAUUCAGAAUUUGAUAAAAGGGUUUUUGGUGUGAGAGAUCAAUGGCACGUACAAAGCAAACCGCACGCAAAUCCACCGGUGGUAAGGCGCCGAGAAAGCAAUUGGCAACGAAAGCUGCUCGGAAGUCUGCUCCGGCCACCGGUGGAGUGAAGAAGCCCCACCGCUUCAGGCCAGGAACGGUGGCUCUGAGGGAGAUCAGAAAGUACCAGAAAAGCACUGAACUUCUGAUCCGAAAACUUCCAUUCCAGCGACUGGUGAGAGAAAUUGCCCAGGAUUUCAAAACGGAUCUCAGGUUUCAAAGCAGCGCCGUCUCUGCUCUUCAAGAAGCCGCUGAGGCUUAUCUCGUUGGACUCUUCGAGGAUACUAACCUCUGCGCUAUUCACGCCAAGAGAGUGACCAUUAUGCCCAAAGACAUUCAACUCGCACGCAGAAUCAGAGGCGAGAGGGCUUAAAUGUAGAAUUUGCAUGUGGCUAAACUUGGAUAGGGUUUAUGUGCUGUUUAGUUCAGAUUUUAGGUUAUGAAAUGCUCUGUAAUGUGCUUGAAACUUUUUAUCGAAAAAUUCGUUUUAUUUCUAACAUAUGCAAUAUAGUAAUUUAAGAGAAAAGCAAAGUUGAGUAAAA